AUGGCAUUGGCGCUGGGCAAUUCUGGCUACGAGGUCCAGUCCAUCGCUGUUGAUCCAGAAGCUCAGUUGAGAGCCCAGGACGCGACGCGAUCGAAUACUGCAGAUCAAAGCGCUCAGCGUGAGGAUUUUGUGCUUGGUGCCUGGUUCAACCAUCCGGCCCAGCCAUGGAAUGUCGUGGGGCGAAUUCGACAACGUCGAGCCAAGCAGCGUCACAUCGACAACUGUUUCGAGUGCAAAAUGAAGCUCAAGCCAGGUUCAGAUGGGUAUCCGACAACGAGUCCGGCUCAAGCCACUCCGACAGCCGAACUUGGUGGCGCCGUCAACGACGCGGUUCCAGCAUCUGCCCCCCAGCUUUCCCAAGUCGAAUUGGCCGAGGACAUCAUCCGUCUCAUUGAAGAUAUCGGCUAUGAUGCGCGCAUUGACAAUAUUCAGAUCUUGGACAGCAAACGAGCACCGAAUAGUCCAGAGGCUCCAAAUGAUGUUUGGCGUGCGGAGGUUUCCAUCUACGGAAUGAGUUGCAGUUCGUGUGUGGGCAAGAUAACGAAGGCUGUUGAAGCGCACGGUUGGGUGCAGACAGCCAACGUGAGUCUGGUCGCCAGUAGCGCGACGGUCGAAUUCAAGGGCAAAAGUCACCUGCAAGAAAUCCUCGACACCAUCAAGGCGAGCGGUUAUGAUGCGAGGCUCAGUGACGUGGUGAACAUCAAUGCGAUCAAGAAUCAACCUACUCGAAGGACUCUUGCGAUACGGGUGAGCAACAUGUAUUGCGAGCACUGCCCUGAUAGAGUCAUUGGGGCAAUCCAAAGCAUGGAACCGACGGUCACGAUUGACGAAACGCCCACUCUGGCAUCUCCCAUCAUGACAGUGUCGUACAGUCCUAGGGCACCUGACUUUACGAUCCGAACGAUACUCUCCGCCAUCACGUCUGCUGAUCCAGCUCUGGAUGCAGCCAUUCAUCACCCGCCCACUGUCGAAGAACGAUCGCAGCAGAUACACGCGCACAAUAGACGACAACUACUCUAUCGCUUACUCUUGGCCAUUGCGGCUGCUAUACCAGGUCUCAUCAUUGGCAUUGUGUUCAUGUUGCUGGUCUCGGAGCACGACCCGAAUCGCAUGUACCUGAUGGAGAAGUGGCACGGCGUGUCACGGGCCGAGUGGGCGUUGCUGGUGACUUCAACCCCAGUCUACUUCUUUGGAGCCGAUGUCUUCCACCGUCGUACCAUCAAAGACCUGUUUGUGAUGUGGAAGCCAGGGAGCCCAGUCCCUCUUCUCCGACGCUUUUACCGCUUUGGAAGCAUGGACAUGCUAGUCUCCUUUGCCACGACAAUCGCUUAUGCGGCAUCUAUUGCACAGCUGGCCAUUUCUGCCUCUCUGAGAAGACAUGGGACGGACACGCCUGAGAUGACCUCUUACUUUGACUCUGUCAUUUUCCUCACCAUGUUUCUACUGGUUGGUCGUAUGAUUGAGGCCUACAGCAAAGCCAAGACGGGAGAAGCAGUGACCAAGUUGGGCCAACUGCGACCGAAAGAGGCCCUCCUGGUUACUCCAUCCGGACAGCGAGUACAUGCACCAACAGAUACACUCGAGUCUGGGGACUCUGUUGUCGUGGUACAUGGAUCAUCACCGCCAUGGGACGGGACACUGCUCGACAAAGAGGCUGAGUUCUCCGAAGCGAGUCUGACUGGCGAGUCAAGAUCCAUCAUGAAGACAGUGGGUGAUGACGUCUACGCCGGCACUGUCAACAAGGGCGUGGCUGUCACGAUACGGAUUCGGGGUGCAGCCGGCGAAUCCUUGCUCGAUAAUAUCAUUCGUGUCGUCAGAGAAGGCCAGGCCAAGCGCGCUCCAAUAGAGAGACUGGCAGACACGAUUACUGGAUACUUUGUUCCCUUUGUGACGCUGUUUGCUAUUGUUAUUUGGGCCACAUGGCUAGGCCUUGGUGAGUCAGGUCGGCUGCCAGACGAUUACAAAGACGUCAAUGUCGGAGGCUGGCCAUUCUGGUCGCUGCAAUUCGCCAUUGCCGUCUUCGUUAUUGCUUGCCCGUGUGGAAUUGGCCUCGCAGCACCAACGGCCCUUUUUGUCGGUGGCGGGCUUGCCGCCAAGCACGGUAUACUGGCCAAGGGUGGUGGCGAGGCUUUCCAGGAAGCUAGCGACAUUGACAUUGUUGUCUUCGAUAAGACUGGCACACUCACCGAGGGCGGGGACUUGAAGAUCACUGAAUAUCUCUUGCUCCAGAACGGUACCAAUGAACAGGUUUCUGAUCGCUUACUGUCAGGCGUUGGGGAGGUGGAGCGCAAUAGCAGCCAUCCGAUUGCAAAGGCUCUGGUGGCCUGGUGCGAGCAGAGAGGAUCCAGGGGCGCAACACCGCGAGAGGUGCAAGAGAUCCCUGGAAAAGGCAUGAUGGCAGUCUUCCCUCCCGACGAUACCCUUUCCGGCAUGGAGAUGAUUGUUGGUAACGAGAGAUUGAUGGAUGACCACAAGGUCCAGUUUGAUGCUUCGACCGCCGCGACAUUGGACUCGUGGAAAGACCAGGCCAAGUCCGUGAUUCUCGUCGCUUCGCGCCAAAUCGAAGGAGAUAGACCCUGGGAGCCAGCUGCUGUCUUUGCCUCUUCGGAUCCCGUUCGCGCAGAAGCGCAGUCUGUGGUGGCCUCGCUGCACGACCGCGGCGUCGAUGUCUGGAUGCUGUCAGGAGACAACGCCAAGACAGCAGAGGCCGUGGGAGCUAUGGUAUCUAUCCCCCCAGGCCGCAUCAUCGCAGGUGUGCUACCGGAGCAGAAGGCCGACAAGGUCAAAUAUCUUCAACGGAGUCAACCAAAGCGGCAAAAGAGCCGUUUUGCGUUCAAGAACCAGACAUCGAAACGCGCGAUUGUGGCGAUGAUUGGCGAUGGCGUAAAUGAUGCGCCAGCAUUGACAGCCGCCGACGUCGGAAUCGCCAUUGGCGCUGGAUCCGAUGUGGCAAUCUCUGCUGCCGGAUUCGUCCUGAUCAAGUCGGACCUUGACACAUUGCUCAUAUUGAUCGAGCUCAGCUGUGUCGUUUUCAGGCGCGUCAAGUUCAACUUCCUCUGGGCGAGUGUGUACAACCUUGUGGCCCUGCCUAUUGCAGCCGGUGUUCUGUAUCCAAUCAAGACCAAUGGCUCAUACACGCGACUUGAUCCUGUCUGGGCUAGCUUAGCCAUGGCACUGAGUAGCGUCAGCGUCAUAUCCAGUAGCUUGCUGCUGAGGAGCAAGCUUCCUCUGGUCGGUUUCCGGGCGUCAAACAGAGCAGCAGAGCACCGCUCUAGCUCGGGGUAA